CGAAAUAUAACUACUACAAUGCUGAGAUAUUUGCAAGACUCCGGACCGCAGGUGUCUGCGGUGGGGAACGAACGCGCUGUUGUCCUUACCGGGGAGCAGCAUAGUUAUUCAAUUCAGUAUCGUCCACCGUUACAUACUAAAUUUCACUUCUGUGAUAAUCAGGUGUGGCGAGAUCGUUGUGCAUUGGAAGAGGCAGCUAGAUCAGCUCUGGUGGAAGAAAUUGUACGUCUUAGAAACGACUGUGCAACUUUACGAGCAAAGAUUGAGCACUGCGGACAACGUCAGAUGUCUGCACCAAUAAAAUCCUGCGGAGAUUUAUGA